CCCUCUUCCCUAAGUCUUUCAUCAUACGCUUCCUUAGCCACGGGUUGCCCUUAGCAACAGAAGGACGCGCGCCGGUGGAUUUGAUUCCUGGCUAGUUUCUAGCACCUGCUGACGCGCUGGGGCGCCGGCCGAAUCAUGUCUGAGAUCCUGUGCCAGUGGCUCAACCAGGAGUUGAAGGUGUCCCGGACCGUGAGUCCCAAGUCAUUUGCAAAAGCAUUUUCCAGUGGCUAUCUAAUUGGAGAAGUUCUGCACAAGUUUGAACUUCAGGAUGAUUUUUCAGAAUUUUCAGAAAGCAGGGUUUCAAGUGCCAAACUUAAUAAUUUUUCUCGCUUGGAGCCAACACUUCACCUUCUGGGUGUGCAGUUUGAUCAGAAUGUGGCCCACAGCAUCAUCACAGAAAAACCUGGGGCAGCAACAAAACUUUUAUAUCAACUGUACAUUGCUCUUCAGAAAAAGAAGAAAAGUGGACUGACUGGAAUGGAAAUGCAAACCAUGCAGCCCCCGACAAAUUUAAGACUUCAAAAUAUGAAAAGUGAUGCUUUUCGAGAGGCAAGUACAUAAAGAAGCAUAAUAAACAUGUCCUAGUAUAAAACUUGGUAGAGACAUGAUAGUGAUGUUG